ACAACUAUCAAAUAAGUAAAUAUUAUAAAUAACUGAAGACAACAAACUUCCCUGAGCCGUUAACAAACAUUUUAAUUCCUCAGUUAACUCCCUUGCAAAACUUCUCUUGAAAACCGCGUAGAUUUCGUCCACGUCAGCUGAGCCCAGUCAAAAUGGCUGUGCACGAGUCCCUACGAUUACAUAUUACCUCAGAUAGCUUCUUCAUAGAACCUUACAAUGAUUCUGGCACUCAUGAACUGCUGGUCAUUGAUCGUCUUACUCAAGAAAUAACCUUGAGCACCAAUCAUGGACAGAUCCCGUCUUCCGCUGUAACCAGGACUAUAUAUGGCAUCAUGGGAAUAAUUCGUCUUCUGGCAGGACCAUAUCUGAUUGUAAUCACUGGUAAGACCAAGGUGGGUGAUGUGGAUGGACAUACAAUAUGGAGGGUGACCAGCACAGAACUCCACUCCUACCAGAGGACAUUGUUACACCUUAAUGAGCAACAGAUCAGUGACAAUAAGACAUAUGUGUCUAUGGUGGAACUAGCCCUUAAGUCCACUGGCCUCUACUUCUCCACCACUUACGACCUGACCCACACCCUACAGAGGUUACAGAACACUAGUCCCGACUUCCUUUCCCUGGCCAUGCAUGAGCGGGUAAGGUUUGUAUGGAAUGGUCAUGUGUUGAGGGAGCUGGCCCAGCAGUCUGAGUUAGCACGCUAUUGCCUACCUGUCAUCAUGGGAUUUGUACAUAUUCAUACAAAUAUGAUCAACAACAAGCAGUUUGACUACGCGUUGAUAUCGCGGCGCAGCGUGUACCGUGCAGGCACACGGUUCUACGUGAGAGGGCUGGACACUGAAGGUUACUGCGCUAACUUUGUGGAGACAGAACAGCUGGUACUGUUUGAUGGACACAAGUGCUCAUUUGUUCAGACACGUGGCUCCAUUCCCCUGUUCUGGUCUCAGAGGCCCUGUCUGAAGUACAUGCCCCAGCCAGUCAUCAGCAAUACCAUGGGACAUACUGAAGCAUUCAAAAGACACUUUGAGAACCAAAUUUACAAUUAUGGGAAACAAGUCAUAGUCAGUUUGAUUAACCACAAAGGGAGAGAACACCUACUGGAGAAAGCUCUGACUCAGAUGAUCAUCAAUGCACAAAACAACAGCAUACGAUACGAGUCCUUUGACUUUCACCAUGAGUGUCGGAAAAUGCGGUGGGACAGACUUUCGUUGUUGAUGGACAGACUGGAGAAUGACAUCAACAACUUUGGAUACUUCAUGGUACAGAGAGAUGGGACUGUCAUGAGUCAUCAGGCAGGGAUAAUGAGAACUAGCUGCAUGGACUGUCUGGAUAGGACCAAUGUUGUUCAGGGACUGAUUGCCCGGGUGGUGCUGGAAACACAACUACAGAGGUUAGGUAUUCUUCAUCCAGGACAGAAAUUGGUGGAACAAGAAAUGUUCAUGACGGUAUACAGAGAUGUCUGGGCUGAUCAUGCUGACGCACUCUCUAUCCAGUACGCAGGCACCGGAGCCCUGAAAACAGACUUCACCAGGACUGGGAAGAGAACCAAAAUAGGAAUGCUAAUGGAUGGGGUGAAUUCCCUGACCAGAUACUUCAAAAAUAAUUUCAGUGAUGGAUUCAGACAGGACUCUAUUGACCUCUUCCUGGGGAACUACACAGUUGGUGAUGGUGAUGGGAUAUCUCACAUGUCUCCUUUCAGGAAAGACAAAGACUGGAAGUACUAUGCGUUACCUGUGAUAUUUUUGGUGGCUUUCAUGAUGUGUGUGAUCAGUGUGCUGUUACCUGAUGAACAUUUGAGUGAGCAGGCGAUGUAUGUCCUGUUCUGGGGUGUGGCUAGUGUGGUGUCAGUCUUCUUGAUCUUUGUCUAUGGGGUGGAAUUUGUGGAUCAGCCACGCCUUACCCAGGCCCAGUCCAAAACUGAAUAGCUAUAUGGACCUGACAACACUAACCCCAUUUUUAUUGUGUAGUACAGGACCCUGUUAGAAGCUUCAGAGAAAUUUGCAUAUAAAUGUAACAAUAAAAAAAUGUUUUGUGCAGUGCUUUUAACAUAUUGUAAAUAAAAUGAGCUAUUAUAGAUAGGAAGCUUAGUGUGUAGUUAUUUUUAGACAGAACUUACAUCGAGCAGCUAUUAUCAUAUUGAGCUGAAAUUUUCAACAUUUCUGACCAGGACCUAGAGUCGUGUUAUGUGAAUGUUCUUACAGAGAGAUACAAAACAAGAAACAACAGAAAGUUGUGCACUUCUGUGUCAAACAUCUUAUAAUCCAUCCUCCACCAAAACCCCCAACCCCAAAUUGUUUAAAUUAUGUGAAGAUGUUUUAUUUACGAGUGAAUGCCGGGUUUCCAUUUGAAAUGAGUAUGAGGUUUAUUAAAUGAUAUAUUGAUUUUGUGUAUGCGAGGUGCUGGGGAAAGAAUGGAGCUCAGUUGUAUAUGACACUGGUAACCCAUUCAUAUGAUUGUAUUCUUUGAGGUCUGUUUUGCUUUGAACGGUCUGUAGUUUCAUUUUGCUUCAAACUCAGUUUCAAGAGAAAGUAAUAAAUGCACUGUUUAUCAAUCACACCAAAGUUAUUUACAUGUCAACGAAGCAAUUGGUUAUAGCUUAUUGUGCACCAGUGACAGAAUAGGUGAAAAAAAAACAAUACUGCAAUAAAGAAAAUCACUCCUAAGUCUAUAUACAAAUUAAUUUUACAACAAACUUUUAUUGAGGGCAGAAAUUAAGUUGAAGAAAAAUUGUUUUGUAGUCAUAAAUGUCACAGUUUGUAUUUAAUUGUUGCUAUUAUUUUGUAUUCGUAAUAUGAUGUUUUUUUAUGGCUGUGGAGUAUAACUUGGAGACGCAGUUUGAAAGUAUAAUUCGCAAUAUUUUGAAGACCAAAACAUGUUGUUCAGGUAUAUGGACAGGACAUAUGUGAACUUCACCGAAUUAAUACAGUAAACUGUUCAGGUCAAAUAAUAUUCCUCAAAUAUGCUAAAACAUGCAUUAUGUCUAUGGAAUUUGUUGACGAUUUAGGCAAGUCCUCUAAUUUUCCUAUGGUGUGGCUGUCAUCUAAGGUACAUUAGAUGUCUUCUGCAGGUUGUUUGAUAGAUUUACUCCUUGAAUUACUGAUGACUCGCUGCCUUUUAUUGUUCGUGUAUAUGUAAAACAAGGUUAAAUCGAUGUUUGGAAAUCUACUUGGUAUGGAUUACAAGUACAUUGUAGAUAUAACGGAAUAUCAAAUACCAAGGUUCAUUGUAGAUAUAAUGGGAUAUCAAAUGCCAAGGUUCAUUGUGGAUAUAACGGAAUAUCAAAUGCCAAGGUUCAUUAUAGAUAUAAUGUGACAUCAUAUACCAAGGUUCAUUGUAGAUAUAAUGGGAUAUCAAAUGCCAAUGUAGACUGUAGAUACAUGUAUAAUGGAGUAUCAUAUGUACACCAAUGUUCAUUAUAAAUACAUGUCUAAUGGUAUACCGUAUAGCUGUCAUUUCUCGUAGGACAUCUAAUAAUGUUUUUAUAGGCUGAUUAUUCCCAUCAAACUACUGGAUACUAGCUUUACACGCUAGAACGUUUUCUUCUCAGUACUAGUAUUUGCCUUUAUACAUUUUAUUUGUUGUCUUUUACCUAUCAUUACCUUCCAAUUCUUAUUGUGUUAGCACAAGAGAUUUGCAUGGGUUAUUCAAUGUGCUUCUGUUUACCUGACAUCGAUGGUUUAUCUUACCAUGUGGGUACGGAUGUUGUCUUACUACCAUCUGAUGUUCUUGUGCAAUAAUACUCAAGUUAUUCAUACGUAUUCAUUGUUGUGCGCGGACACAUACUGAUGUCACUGAAAUAUAUUAAAUAUCAAAUACAAUUUCUAUUCUGAUAGCGAUCCAGGUCAAGGCUUUGUUAAACUUCUUAACUGGUGAAAUGGCAUUUUAUCAGCAGAAUGUUCCAUACUGGAUGAGUAUAAAAAUAUUGUUCAGAAGAGAGAGUUUCGUGAUGAGUUUGGCAUUUGAGGCUGCUGCAAUGAUGUUUUCAUGAACACAAUAUCCAAGUCAUUGGAAAAGUGAAACACCAGCUACCCCUGACCCAAAAAAUAUUGACAUAUUGACCCAUCUGUGUCUUGUCCAUGGCAAAGACAUGUCCAUAUCUGCUUAAGAAACAGAAAACAGCUUUAUUAUGAUUGCACCUAUUUUGGCCCAUAUUUCUAUUAUUCACUUGAAAAUAAUGUUGUCAUGUGAACAUUGUGCUGUCAUGUGAACAUAGCGCUGUCAUGUGAACAUUGCGCUGCCGUGUGAUCACUGCCACUUUGUGAACAUUGCAGAGCCUUGUGAACAUUAUACAGCUGUUUGAACUUUAUACAGCUGUUUGAACAUUAUACAGCUGUUUGAACACUCUUCUGCCCUGAGAACAUUGUGACACCUUGUGAACUUUCUGCCACCUUGUGAACAUAAUAGCGCCUCGCGAACAUUGUGACACCUUGUGAACAUUGUGCCUCCUUAUUGGGCAUUGCGCCUCCUUAUUGGACAUUGCAGCACCAAGUGAACAUUGUGCUGUUUUGUGAGCAUUGUGCUGUUUUGUGAACAUUGUGCCUCUGUGAACAUUGUGCUGUCUUGUGAUCAUUAAGCUGUCUUGAGAACAUUAUGCCGCCAUGUGAACAUCAUGCUGCCUUGUGAACUUAGUGCUACCAUGUGAACAUUGUGCCUCCUUGUGAACACUGUGCUGUCUUAUGAUCAUUGAGCUGUCUUGUGAACAUUAUGCCGCCAUGUGAACAUCAUGCUGCCUUGUGAACAUUGUGCCUCCCUGUGAACAUUGUGCUGUCCUAUGAUCAUUGAGCUGUCUUGUGAACAUCGUGCUGCCUUGUGAACUUGGUACUGCCAUGUGAACAUUGUGCCACCUUGUGAACAUUUCACCGGCAUGUAAACAUCGUGCUGCCAUGUAAACAUUUUGCUGUCUUUUAAACAUUGUGCACCCUUGUGAACGUUGCACCUCUUUGUGUGAACAUUUUGCCAUCUUGUGAAUCGCUUUUAAUUUGAAGACGAGUGCUGCCCAGCGAAAUACAUGAAAGGCAGUCACAUGUAUGGUUGAGCCUCUUGUUAUAUUGGUUUGCACAGUACAGGUUUAGACAGGGCCAAAAUCUAAGAACAGGGGCCAAUAGCUACAAACUGGGGCCAUUAGUUACUGACAGGGGCCAGUUUGCUAAAACCUACGAAACUAUAUAUGGCAUAUUGACACACCAGCACUCUGUUGUGUCGCAAUAUGGUAGUUGACAUUUAUAGAUAGCUCCAGAUUAAGACUAGUACCCUGCAGUCCUUUGACAUGUAUAAUACUUGAAGCCUUUGUAUCCGUUGUGCCAAGACUGCUACCUGUGGGACUGUUUCAUGGGUAAAACAUUCCUGAGAUGAAGUUUUGAACAGACUAAAGAUUAGCACAGAUUCAGACUUGCAGCCUGAAGCGGGCUCCUGAGUAUCUACUGUAAACGUAUUAUGAAACGUGUACAACGAAGAAUAACAUGGUUUUUUGAGCUCCUGUACAAGUUGCUACAUUUCGUGAUUCGCAUUGUUUUGUUUUGUUUUUUUCAUACAUAAGAGAUUUGCGAUUCCUGAUUCAGUAACAAUGAAUGCAGGAAGUUAUUGAUGUGUUUGAUUCGGUUUUAAUUCACCGUUAUGUGGACGCAUACAUUUGCAACAUCGAAUAAUAUCACUUGCAUAAUUUGAAAAUUACUUUAAAUGCAUCGUAAUCACAGGCAGUUAACAUCUGUAAUUGUUUUUGUGUGUGUGUGUGAAAUGAAUGCUAAAUGAGGUAUGGAAUUAACUCCAGGAAGUAAUGAUAUUUCCUGACUGAAAUUUCUCUUUGUGUGAUUUUCAAUGAAAAUGGUGCAAUGCUGAUACAAAUGGAGUCUGCACCAACAUAUAAAUCUUUUUUUUUAUGUUUUGCACAUUUUCACUUCUGAAAUUGGAGAAACUGAAAUACAUUUUGGGUGACCAGUUAUUCCAACCUUAGGCAUGUCAACGGUGUUGUUUAAGAACCUUUAAUCAUAUAUCAAACUUUGAAUGACUUUUAAAUAUCUCUGUGUGUAUGUGCUGACGACAAUAUUUUGAGUUUUAUUAAUAAUUCUACGAAUAAAUGCACUUAAAAUGCCUACA